ACUAAGGGCCUCGAUUUUGCAGAGGUGGGACUGGGAGUGGAUGGUGCCCGGGAUCUCCAGCUUUUUCCCUGUGCCUUUGGGCAGGUGCACACACUGAAGGAAGAGAAGGAACACAGAGAAAGUCAGGUACAGGAGCUGGAGGCCAGCUUGGCGGAGCUCAGGAGUCAGACGGAGGAGCCACCACCCCCACAGCCUCCAGCUGGGCCCUCCGAGGUGGAAGAGCGGCUGCAAGGAGAGGUUGAGCAGCUGCAGAAGGAACUGGAGAAGCUGACGGGACAACUGAGGGCCCAGGUACAGGACAAUGAGAGCCUGAGCCUCCUGAACCGGGAGCAGGAGGAGCGGCUGCUGGAGCUGGAGCGGGCCGCAGAGCGCUGGAGUGAGCAGGCGGAGGAGCGCAAGCAGAUCCUGGAGAGCAUGCAGAGUGACGGCACC